GUUCAGUGCUCGCCAGGCUGUCCUGCUGAGACGGUACGUGGACGUCUAUCGAAGACAAAGACAUUCGCUGUAUUACGCGUUCGCGGUUCUUACCCUGUGCCACUCCCCCCGCCGCGGGUACCACCCUCGUUUAAGGUUUAUGCAAUUACACCAGGCGAAUUGUUAGACGUUUUUGUGGAAUCGAGUGCAGUGAUUUUAGUGCUCGUAGUUUUGUUUUGUUGCCGCCACACAGGUUGCCGCAAUAUCGGCCCGGAACGAGACGCUACGAGAGUUAGAACCGAUAGCCAUGUUAAAAUCGCCGCUCUAAAUCGAAAAAUGGCUCUAAAAUUACGAAAGGACAUCAAAAAAUCGUCCUAUUACGUUUGGUUUUUGGGGGCGAAAGAGUCGAAGGGCUUGAAAGGGGCGGAAUAUACGUUGCCGGUCAUCAAACACCUCGAGCAGAGGGAGAAAGACGUGGAACCGUUCAAAGUUACCUUACAGGUGUCCCACAAAGGAUUGAAGAUAAUUCAGAACGUGGUGACCCAAGGGGCAAAAAAUUCGAAACCCAAAAACGAGACGAUAAAACAUUUCAUCCCACACAAUACCAUCACUUACGUGUAUCAAGACGAAGACGUCAUAGCAUGCAUACUAUUGCUUUUCAACCCCGUCACGAAGUGUCCGUUGCAUGUACACGCCUACAGAUGUGACUCUCUGGAGACUGCGAGUCUCUUGAAGCAGCAGCUGCAGACCUUAAUAGACCGGCCAGAAAAUCAAAAGAAAAUCGCCGAAAUCGAAAAUCGACUUAAGCCGGCGAAGGAGUCGAAAAAACUCGAAAGCAGCGUCGGAAGCGAUACGGGAGCGUCGACGAGGGAAUCGGAUAGUAGUGAAGAGAGGUUUGCUUUGGAAAACUCGAGAAUAGCUUCAUUAUACGAUUCGGUGGCAGCCGAAUUGAGGGCCAAAUUGGGCAAAAAAAAUUCCCCCAUACUAUUGCCCCCGCGUGAUUACGACACUGUUCACCGACAAAAAGGAAACCUCACUGGUAUCGAGCUCAGACGAUGCCUGAACGCGAACAUAGUGGGCCAAAACGUGAAAAAUCGGCGACUGGAAUCUUCCGGGGGAAGUUCCGGGAUCGGAUCCGAUCAUCCUCCCAGUCCGGAAUCUCCCGAGACUCCCGUGGACUCGAGGUUUCAUACCUUGGACACCCACAGUACCAGCGAAGAUGAGGACUGGAAUGGAAAUCAGGCCGAUUCAUCCCUAUACCUCAUUCAACCAUCGCAUCCAGUGACGUUGCCCAGGCCAUCCAGAAACCAAGAAAAUGGCGAAGCUACCAAAGAGAUCGUCGAAAAAUCACCGGAGGCAGCCCACAGAUUUUCCAGAUACGCUCAUGAAGAAUUGAAAUUUUCCAAGUCUCUGGAUGAAGAGGGCUACAGUAGAAACAUCCAUAAUGAUAUCACGAAGUAUCUGGAGAAGCCCAUAUCGAGAUUUUCGAGCAACAAGUACCUCGAGAGGCAAAAAUCAUUGGAUAAGGAGAAGGAUUCGAAACUGAGACCCAGAGACUUUUUGAAUCAAACGGAAAAAUAUUUCCCUAGCAAAAGGGGCGGCCUAAAGUACUACGAUCAGGAGACGCAAGAGAAUGACAAACCGUAUUUUGAAGACGACGGUUUUGACGAAAAUAUACGUUACAAGAAUGGUGCUGGUGACCAAUAUUUCUAUGAAGAUGACGUAUUUUUUGAACACCAUAAAGAGUAUAGGGAAUAUCCCGUUCCAAAAUCAAGAGAAAGUCUACUAGAGAAAGACAACGAUGGAAAGCGAGUUAGUGGUAGCAAGGAAAGGCGGGGAAAAAAAAUUGACCCGAUAGAUCCGCGAUACUACGAACCCGAACCUGACAAGCCUGCGAGGCCCAGAGCGAAAGAGAGGGAGCUUGAUCGCUAUCGCGGUGAAACGGACAGGCAAUAUUUCGAAGACUCCGACGCCAGCAGGGUUCGAAGAAGCGCCCAGUACCGUCAAAGGACACCAUCUCCCGACGAGAUCAAAGCACCCCGCGACAGAUUCAACGAUGCGAAAGAGAAAUUCCUGCUGAUGGAGAGGGAACGGCUGCAGCAGGAAAGAAGAAGACCGGAGCCGCCGAUCUCACCCACGAUCCACAAAGACAAAGCUCCGGGUUACCUUAAGAGGAACCAGAGCAUGGCGUAUGGUUCGAAGGACCACUUGAGGAGGUCUUACGACGAAAGCUACUUUAACGAUCGAAGUCGCGUUGAUGAGUUCACAUGUAAGCCCGCAUCGAGACACACACAGGAUGAUGCGCGCUAUAGGGAAUAUAACGACAGAGAUACGCCUCUGGAUAGAUAUCGAAACACUGACAAGUUCGACCCAAAACGGAGGUCCAUGUUCUCUUUGAUCGAAGAGGAGCAUAGGAAAAAUUCCAACGAGAUCGCGAAAGAGCUGAAACGGAGAUCGUAUAUGGAGGUGAACGCUAGAAGUUUCGACGGGGAAUCCGUCAAUUUCCGCGAUAACGAACGGGAUACGAAAAACCGACACUUCGACGAUUUACCGGAGUCUGACAGGUACAACCCGCCGAUUGUCGACAACUAUGCGAAAUCUUCGUUGAACCUAGACAAAACGUCCGACGGUAAAUACGACCCGAAAUUCGUGAAACAUCCGCAGAAAUUCUUCAAAUCGGUGCCCGCUGGCUACAGACACAGCUACGCAGAACCCAAGCUGAGGAUGGAAAAAGGCGUGAAUAAUAAGUACUACGCGGAAAUGUUGCAGAGGACGAACAGCACAGCUUCGAAUUCGAAUGCUAGGGUCGGAAUAGCCAGCGUGAAGCCUUACUAAGGAUUUGGGCCAUACGCUCAAUAUUUCAAAUGGACGUAUCCAUUCUUUUACAUUAUACAGGGUGAUUCGCGGUUGAUGGAAGGUCAGAAUUUUAAUCAAGAUGAAAUAGCGUCUUUUUUUUUAAUUUUUAAUUAUCGACAUAUUUACCAGUUAAGUAGGUAAGAAUGUGUGCUAAAUUUGUAUUUAGCAAUCGGAUGAAAUACGACGAAAAGUAGUGAAAUUUAGGGAAAUGUUCGGAGAAUACGCGGAAAUGCGGCGAAAUGUAGGCAAUCACGUUGGAAUAUUUAGGUAAUACAAGGAAAUGCGUAGAAAUAUAAUUUUAAAUUCUUUCCGAAGAACUCAAUUUUUCAUUAUUUACUCACAAAUUUUAGAAAUAAUUUUUACAAAACUGUAAUUUUUUAUAUUUUGCUUUAUUAAUUUUUUGAAACAUGAAUUUCAAUUGAAAUUAACAAGCAUAAUAUUUACAUCAAUGAGUAAUACGAGGAAAUACGGCUAUACAUGGGGAAAUUCAGAGAAAUAUUCGGAUAAUAAGAGGAAAUACGCCAACGUAUGGAGAAAUACGGGGAAAUAUUUACGAAUACAGUGAGACAUAGGGAAAUUCAUGGAAAUAUUAGGAUAAUGAAGAGAAAUACCGCGCAACAUAAGGAAUUACUUGGAAAUAUUUAGGUAAUUGGGGGAAAUACGUGGAAAUCUAAUUCGUUUUCUGACUUUUUUAAAACUAGUUUCGUCGUUUUUUCCAGCCGGACUUUCCGAACAAUUCUAUUUUUGAUUAAUUAUUCAAUAAUUUUGGAAAUUAUUUUUAUCAAACUAUCUUUUUUUUAAUUUAUAAUAAACAUUAAUAUGUAAUACGAGAACAUAGGGAAAAACAUAAGGAAAUUCAGGGACAUAUUUGGAUAAUACGAGGAAAUACGUCAAAAUAUACAGAAAUACGGGAAAAUGUUUAUGUAAUACGAGGAGAUACCGAAAACUGAAAUCUUUACCGAUAAAAAAUCUCACCAUCAACGGCGAAACACCCUGUGGAUUAUAAAUAAUAAUAACAAUAGCGAAAAAGACAACGAAAUUCAGACGGUUUCACACUGCUAAUUGGAAAUAAUAACAUAAUCAGAGGCGUUCUGUACAUAUUUUUGUACCGGCAUCAACUUAUUAUUUUGUCUCUGUAUAUAAUAAUUUAAAUUUUGAUUCGUGUUUUUAUUUUUUUAUACUCUUUGUUUGUUUAUUUUAAUUUUUAAUAUAUAUGGAUAUUAUUUUUUGCAUUUUAAAUUCUAUCGAAAUGAAAAAUAGGUGUAGGAAAGGAUUAUUGUAAAUAAAUUUGUUGAAUUUUAUUUUAGUUUAAUGUGGAGUCGUCAGUUAUUUAAUACAAUAUAGCUUUUAUAUUUUCUUUACUAAUAUUUUCUGAUAGCUUUAUCUCAAUUGUACGAAGAGGCAUUUUUGAAAGUGUAGGACGAGCCGGUACACGGUAUUUUUAUAUUAAUAACGA